GCCUUCAUUACUACUUGACCGUAGUUACAGUAGAGAUCUCUACAAUCGGAUUGGUUCUGCAUUAACUGGUUGGGCACCAUCACCUUCACACCCAGGAGAGGUAACUGGGGUUCCUGUAGGUUUCAAUGCCAGCAAUGAGCAGCCUUAUCUCUCAGGACAGAGGCCUACAAUUCCGGAUGUGGCAAGAACUGACUUGGACGCCUCAAGAUAUGGCAAUGAUGUGGAGGAAGAAAUGAUUCAAGCUGCUAUUGAAGUUUCAAAACGAGAAGCUGAAAUGGGUUCUCCGAAUGUGCAAAACAGUACUCCCAAUGUAUCUCCUGGUAAUGGGCUUCCGGUUGAGAAAAUUCCUGAAGAAAAUUCAGAUUUUGAUCGUGCAGUUUUGUUGUCCUUGAAGACAGCAGAACAAGAGAAAGCAAUACGUGAGAUGCAGCUGAACGACAGGAAUCAAGAUCCAGGAGUUUAUAGUACAUGGAAGCAAGGAAGGUCAUCACAGCAAAAUGGAGCUGAAGUUGUAGAGCAGCAAUUAGUUAGUGAAGAGUCUAAGCGUGAUGGUGGUAGUCAUCUUCAGCAGGGAAAACUGGCAACUCACAGUGAUGAGUGGGGAACGAGGUCAAAUUUGGUUUACACAGUCAAUGAUAUUGAUGAGAUCCGAGCGGAAUGGGCUGAGCAUGUUUUGAAGUUCCCAGAAAAUUAAGUAUCAGCCUAUAUAUAUGCUUUUGUUUCUGGUAGGUUAUGAGCAGUAGUAGUGGCUAGGAACUGCUUUUGUGCAUUUUGACAGAACUGAUGGAAAGUGUUGAACAAAUGCAUGCAGUUGCUGUAACUACUCUAUGGAUGCUACUAGGUUUUUGUCUUAGUUAGAUUAAGAUCCGUGCAACAAUGGCAGUCAUUAAAAUCAUUUAAUGUAAAGGCUAGCAUGCUAGCUAGUUUAGUAUUAUGCUACUGAUGGGAAUG